CAAAGGUGCCACCCCUUUGUUUUCCUCAUUGGUUUAUGGCGUCUGAUUGACACCGGCGGUAGAGAGCAUGGUACUCCGUGAUUGGUCGAGUGUUGCUGUUCCGCUUUCCUUGUUGCUGUAUGUGUGUAUUUGCUGCUGUAACUGGACUGACUCUCAAAAACCAGGGGGUACAGCUUCUGGGUGCCAUCUGACAAGUGGUUCUUAUUGAGACGAAUAACUCAGUUUCAACAUGACAUCAGAAUCUCCUCGCCGUCCAAGUCGAUGCACUGGUGGUGUGAUGGUCCGACCCCAAGCAGUCACGGAACAAUCCUACAUGGAAAGCGUUGUGACGUUUCUUCAAGAUGUUGUUCCACAGGCAUACAGCGGUUCACCUACUACAGAGGAAAAAGAGAAAAUAGUGUGGGUCCGGUUUGAAAAUACUGAUGUGAAUGACAUUUAUAGGAAUAUGGAGUUUCAUGAAGUACAUGGUGCUGGCAGUGAUCCUCCUCUUCUGCUUAUGAUUGGAUAUACAGAUGGAAUGCAGAUCUGGAGCAUACCAGUCAGUGGGGAAGCACAAGAAUUGUUCUCAGUCCGGCAUGGUCCAGUAAGAUGUGCCCGUAUCUUGCCGACUCCCCAGAUUGGUUCUCAGAAAUGUGAUAAUUUUUCAGAAAAGAGGCCUCUCCUUGGGAUUUGUAAAAGCACAGGUUCUUGUGGCACAAGCCAACCUUACUGUUGUGUGGAUUUGUACUCGCUACGGACAGGGGAAAUGGUGAAAUCCAUUCAGUUCAAAACUCCCAUUUAUGAUCUUCAUUGCAAUACAAGGGUACUGGUGGUGGUUUUGCAGGAAAAAAUAGCUGCAUUUGACAGCUGUACAUUUACAAAGAAAUUUUUUGUGACAAGUUGCUAUCCCUGCCCUGGACCAAACACGAACCCUAUAGCCCUCGGAAGCCGCUGGCUUGCUUAUGCAGAAAAUAAGCUUAUUCGCUGCCAUCAAUCCCGUGGAGGAGCCUGUGGAGACAACAUACAAUCUUAUACUGCCACUGUUAUUAGUGCUGCCAAAACCCUGAAAACUGGACUAACCAUGGUUGGGAAAGUGGUUACCCAGCUGACUGGCACACUGCCUGCUGGGUCCACGGAUGAGGACCUGACCACACACAGCAAUGCCAGGCGUAAUCCCCUAAUCCCUGGAGUCAUCACUAUUAUUGAUAUUGAAACUGUCGCUGAGGGUCAGGUGGUCGUCAGCGAGGACUCUGAUGGUGAAGGCAUUGUUGCUCAUUUCCCUGCCCAUGAGAAACCUAUCUGCUGUAUGGCAUUCAACCCCAGUGGUAUGCUGCUGGUUACCUCAGACACUCUGGGACAUGAUUUCCAUGUGUUCCAGGUCCUUACUCAUCCAUGGUCCUCCUCACAGAGCGCUGUGCAUCACUUAUACACUCUACAUCGUGGAGAGACUGAAGCUAAAGUGCAGGAUAUUUGCUUCAGCCAUGACUGCAGGUGGGUCGUGGUGAGCACCCUCCGUGGUACCUCACAUGUUUUCCCCAUAAACCCGUAUGGUGGUCAGCCGUGUGUGCGCACCCAUAUGUCACCACGCGUGGUGAACCGCAUGAGCCGUUUCCAAAAAAGUGCAGGCCUCGAGGAGAUUGAGCAGGAGCUGACUUCAAAGCAAGGAGGCCGUUGUAGCCCUGUGCCUGGUCUCUCCAGCAGUCCGUCUGGUUCUCCUCUCCAUGGGAAACUGAACAAUCAAGAAAAUUACAAUAAUUUCACCAAUAAUAACCCAGGGAACCCACGACUCUCACCCCUACCCAGUUUGACUGUGGUAUUACCUCUCGUACAAAUUAAGCAGCCAAUGACUUUGGGAACCAUCACCAAAAGAACUGGACCUUACCUGUUUGGAGCAGGAUGUUUUUCCAUUAAAGCUCCUUGCAAAGCCAAACCAGCUCCGCAGAUUUCCCCAAGUAAAUCCAUGGGAGGAGAGUUUUGUGUCGCUGCUGUUUUUGGAUCUUCAAGGUCCUGGUUUGCCAGCAACCAAAGUAUAAAACGAGACAAAGAUCAAUCCAAGCAGUGUGUAGUGGAAUCCUUGUAUAUCAUUAGCUGCUACGGAACACUAGUGGAGCAUGUGUUGGAGCCACGACCCCUGAGCACAGCACAGAAGAUAAAUGAUGACACUCCUCUGGAGAUGUGGACAUCACCUCGGGCUAGCUGGACUUUAGUUAGGACUCCUCAAUGGAAUGAACUCCAACCACCAUUUAAUGCAAACCAUCCCUUGCUGUUGGCUGCAGAUGUAGUUCAGUACUACCAGUACUUGCUGGCUGGCCUAGUUCCGCCUGGGAGCCCUGGUCCAAUCACAAGGCAUGGGUCAUAUGACAGCUUAGCUUCUGAUCACAGUGGGCAAGAGGACGAAGAAUGGCUUUCACAGGUGGAAAUAGUGACCCAUACAGGACCCCAUAGGCGGUUAUGGAUGGGACCUCAGUUCCAGUUUAAAACCAUUCAUCCAUCAGGGCAGACCACUGUGAUUUCUUCUAGUUCUUCAGUGCUUCACUCACAUGGUCCAAGUGAUACACCACAACCACUGCUGGACUUUGACACAGAUGACCUUGAUCUAAAUAGCCUCAGGAUUCAGCCUGUUCGCUCUGAGCCUGUUAGCAUGCCCGGAUCUCCCCGGACAGUUUCUGAUCGCAGAGGGGGCUCAACCGUUAUUGAUGCCAGCUCAGGUGCAUAUGAUCGCAGUGUAACUCUUCUGGAGGUUUGUGGGAGCUGGCCAGAAAGUUUUGGGCUCCGUCAAAUCUCCUCCAUCGAAAGUACCGAUGAAGGCCUCCGUGAACGACUGGCUGAUGCGAUGUCUGAGUCUCCAAAUAGGGAUGUGGUGGGAUCAGGAACAGAACUUCAACGAGACGGAAGCAUAGAGACAUUAAGUAAUAGUUCUGGAUCGACCAGCGGAAGCAUUCCACGCAAUUUUGAUGGAUACAGAAUGACGCUACCAACUAAUGAAAGCCAACCCCUUAGCCUGUUCCCUACUGGAAUUAAUUAAAAAAAUGUAUUUAAUCAGUUAUGAUUUUAAAUGGGUAGAAAGGGUUUUAAUUGUUUCUAUGAAGUGUGUUUUUGUUCUGUUUUUACACAUUAAUAGUCCCGGUUUCCUGAUUGCUCAUUGUACAAAUUUGGGCGGAUACAUAUAGCGUAACUUUUUCUGCAGUUUUUUUUUUGUCUGUGCAUUGAUGCAUAGAAACAGGGAUUUGCUUGAAAGAAUAAUACCACAUAUACAAUUUUAAUGUGAAUUUCCACCUGUAUACCUUUGUUAAUCAGCAUGACCUACACAGACUAUCUCGGUCUGAAUGUGCAUAGGGAAUUAAAUUGUCUGCUUAUACAGAUGCGCAAUACAUUAUGUUAUUGUAUUACAUUUGCAAUGUUUAUUAUUACAUUAUGUUUAUAUGUGUAACAUUUUACUUUGAUUUCCUAAGUAAUAAAUUAAAUAGAGGGUAA